AUGUCAUUAUCAUUCGAUGUUUCAACAAACAGCAGUCUGGGUGUGAAAGGUGGAGAUGACUGUGACAACACUUCAUGUACACGCGAGAGCUAUGUCACUAUUACUACUCCGGAAAGCUACUACAUACACAGAGUGGGCAUCAUACCCGUGGCAUUGCUGGGUAUCGUGGGUAACCUGGUGUCCCUCGUCGUGUGGAACUCACAGACCACGUACAGCGCCACCAUCUUCCUGUUCAAGUACCUGGCCGUGUGGGACACCGCAUUCCUGGUGACGAUCAUCCCCGUCGUAUUACUGUAUGAAGUCGAUCCUAUAGGGGUUGCAUUGAUAUUACUGAACACUUUGUUAGCACUUGCCAAGCUGGAGUCAGUGCACACCACCCUGCUCAUUGCCUUCACCCGAUGGCUAGCGGUGUACCGACCUGUCCACGUGCACACCGGAAGUCUGUUAACACGACGUCACGUGGUGGUGGCCUGUCUGGUCGUCUUGGUCUGGUGCCUGGCGAUCAGCGCCGUCUCUUUGGCCUUUGACCUGGUUUCAAAGACAUUUCACACGUGGUUAUCCGGGUAUGCCGCCAUCCACACGGUAGGUCUUUCAUUGCCUGUCCUGCCACUCUUCAUCUUUAACUUUGCCCUGAUAAAAAAGAUUCGUUCUCCAUCUUCUCCAAAGUCAACAGUUUCGGCCUCAGAACAAAAACAGUUUUCGUCCAGGACAAGUGACCAGCGCCUUACCAUCACCAUCUUGUUCAUGAGUAUCUUUAGUGUUGCUGCGUACACCAUCGGCGAGACGGUGAAGAUCGUUUACUUGAGAGACAACAUCAACCUCUUUCCCACUCUGGAGUCCACCUUCGAGCUGCUGCAGGUGGUCAACUCCAGUGUCAACUUCAUCUUUUACUUCACAUUUUCCAGCAAGUUUCGCAGUUCCUUCACAAAAUGUUUGAAGUGCCGGGUACUCAGAGGCCGUGCAGUCAACGCUGGACGACCUGUUGCUUCGUCCCACAAACAGAAUUACAGUCACAGUCUGGUAACCACCGCACUGUAG